AUGCGGCACAACGUGGUGGCUUACUUGUAUUGCCUUUUACGGGAUCUGUAUGCCGAGCAUGGCGAUCCACGGGUGGCCCACCUGCCUUUGGUCGGCAAUCUGUGGAUUGUCCUGGCCUUCGUGGCCCUCUAUCUGGCCUUUGUGCUCCACUACGGGCCCAAGUGGAUGGCGCACCGCCGGCCGUACGAGCUGAAGACCGUCAUGCAGGUGUACAAUGUCGUCCAGGUGGUGGCCAACACGGGCGUCUUUCUGUUUGGCCUCUCGAACACCUACCUGCGGCCGGGCUUCAGCUGGUCCUGCCAGCCCGUCGACCACACGGACACCACGCCGCGGAUGAUGAAUGUCCUGUAUGCCUCCUACGGCUACUAUAUGCUCAAGUAUCUGGAUCUGCUCGACACGGUGUUCAUUGUCCUGCGCAAGAAGAACGAGCAGGUGAGCUUCCUGCAUGUCUACCAUCACGGCGGCAUGGUGUUCGGCGUCUCCGUCUACAUGACCUUCCUCGGCGGCUCCCACUGCACGAUGCUGGGCAUCAUCAAUCUGCUGGUGCACAGCGUCAUGUACGCCUACUACUAUGCCUCCUCGGUGGGCGCCCUGCGGCACCUGCUCUGGUGGAAGCGUCGCAUCACCCAGCUGCAGCUCCUACAAUUCGGCUACCUCACGUGCCACUUCCUGCUGGUGAUCGUACGGAAUCCUUGCCACUUUCCCGUGUUCAUCGCAUUCAUCGGUUUCAUUCAGAACAUCUUUAUGUUCUCCAUGUUCUUGGACUUUUACUACAAGGCCUAUAUAAGGAAGCACCCGAAACGGAGGCCAGAGUCCGGUCUAGAGCUCAGCUGA